GGUCGAGGCUUCGCGCGCCUCGCUCCGAUUGGCUGCGGCGUCCUCCCCUCACGCUCAUUUCCAACAUGGCGGCGGCUGAGGCGGUCGCGUUGCUGGAGGCGCUGCGGGCUCAGGUGGCGGAAGUGGCGGCGCACGGGCGGGAAAUGCUGCGGAGAGUGAGGGGAGGACAGCUCGACACCAAGGAGGUGCUGGAGAAGCUCCGCCCCCUUGAGCAGCGCCUCAAAUACCACCUGGAGAAACUCCUGAGGGCGGCGGCCUCGGGGGGGCGUGGCGCCGAGGAUCCCCUGAGCUUCCGGCCCGCCCCUUCCAACAUGGCGGCGCAGGAUAAAGAUGAGGAGGAAGAGGAGGAGCAAGGCCAAGGGGGCGGAGCCAAAGCCCCGGGGUUGGGGGGAGGGCGGCGCUACGUCCCGCCCCGGCUGGUGCCGGUCAGCUGCGAUCCGGCUCCGGAUCCCGAAUCCCGAUCCCGCUCCCGGCUCCGGCUCCGGGCUUUGAACUCGGCCGCGCUCCGGGAGCUGCGCCAGGAGUUGGGGGAGGGGCCCCUGGAGGAGGGGGAGGGGCUGCAGCCCCCGCACCGGGAGGAGAUCCAGAGGCGGCGCUGGGAGGAGUCGAUGCUGCAGCGCCUCAGCGCCCCCUGCCGGCGGCGCCGGGGGGCGGGGCUUGGCCUCGAUGACGUCACCAACUUCGGGGCUUUUCCCGCCCUUUUGGGAGCCAAUCAGGAAUCGUCGGAGCCGCCGCAGAAAAAGAGAAAAAAACCCAAAAUGGGGAAGAAAAAAGGGAGAAAAGGUUUCCGCCGUCGCCGCUGAAUCCGCCAAUAAAAAUCCGUGGCUUCGUUUGCAUCUCAUUUGCAUCUCAUUUGCAUC